AUGAGUGGGAAAAAGGGUAGUAUUGAGAUUAAUAUCCCUUCUAAACAGCAAGAAACUAAGAACAAAUCUAGCAAGCCAAGCUUUUCAUGCAGAGAACAGAUUUUGAGUGUCUGGAAAUUUGCCAAAGAAGACAUCAACAGAGUAUUAUUCUCACUUAAAAUGGGGUUUGCAGUUCUUCUUGUAUCACUUCUAAUACUAUGCCAAGCACCUUAUCAAGUUUUUGGCAUCAAUAUUGUCUGGGCCAUCCUCACUGUUGCCAUCAUGUCUGAAUAUACCGUCGGUGCCACAUUCAGUCGAGGAUUCAACCGAGCAUUUGGUACUAUAGUCGCGGGAAUCUUAGCCAUUGCUAUCGCUCAGUUAGCUUUGAGCAUUGGAAGGAUUGCGGAGCCUAUUGUAAUUGGUCUGAGCAUCUUCACUGUCGGGGCUGUAACAUCAUUCAUGAAGUUGUUGCCAUCUUUUGUGCCCUAUGAGACAGGAUUUCGAGUUAUACUUUUCACCUACUGUUUGAUCAUUGUCUCCGGCUAUCGAAUGGGGAACCCGAUCAGAACUGCCAUGGAUCGACUUUACUCAAUUGCCAUUGGAGGGAUCAUAGCAGUAGCAGUAAAUGUAUUCAUUUUCCCUAUAUGGGCUGGGGAACAGUUACACAAAGAACUCGUCGACAACUUCAAUGCAGUGGCUGAUGCACUUGAAGAAUGUGUGAAGAAGUACUUGGAAGAUGAUGGAUCAGAACAUUCAGAAUUCUCAAAGACUGUCUUGGAUGAGUUUCCUGAUGAACCUGCAUAUAGAAAAUGCAGAUCCACAUUGAACUCCUCUGCCAAAUUUGAAUCCUUGGGCAAUUCAGCAAAAUGGGAGCCACCACAUGGCAGGUUUCCGCAUUUCUUUUAUCCGUGGUUAGAGUACGUGAAGGUCAGUGCAGUUUUGAGAUACUGUGCAUACGAGGUUAUGGCGCUUCAUGGUAUACUUCACUCAGAAAUUCAGGCCCCGUAUAAUCUUAGAAUCACAUUCCAGGAAGAGAUCCAAGAGGCCACAAAUGAUGCUACUGAGCUAAUCAGAUAUCUUGGCAAAGAUAUAUCCGUCGGAUAA